AGAUAAUUGAAUGCAUGGACAAUGGUGUGGCAUCUUUUAAACUGGAUAUGGAACACUGUGAAAAAAUUGAGAUCUCAGAAAUUAGUGUGAACAAAGGUCCUGAGAAGAUCAGACCUGAAUGUUUUGAGCUGUUGCGAGUCUUAGGAAAAGGUGGUUAUGGAAAGGUUUUUCAAGUGAGAAAAGUCACAGCAGUCAACAAAGGAAACAUUUUUGCUAUGAAAGUGCUGAAGAAGGCAAUGAUAGUACGGAAUGCAAAGGACACAGCUCACACCAAAGCAGAGCGCAGUAUUCUUGAAGAAGUGAAGCAUCCCUUCAUUGUAGACUUGAUGUAUGCUUUUCAAACUGGUGGCAAACUCUACCUCAUCCUUGAAUAUCUCAGUGGAGGAGAACUUUUUAUGCAGUUGGAAAGAGAGGGAAUAUUUUUAGAAGACACAGCUUGUUUUUACUUAGCUGAAAUCUCCAUGGCACUUGGGCAUUUGCAUCAAAAAGGGAUAAUCUACCGAGAUCUAAAGCCAGAAAAUAUAAUGCUUAACCAUCACGGUCACGUUAAGCUGACAGAUUUUGGCCUUUGUAAAGAAUCUAUUCAUGAUGGCGCAGUAACCCACACAUUUUGUGGUACCAUUGAAUAUAUGGCCCCUGAAAUCCUAAUGAGGAGUGGGCACAACCGAGCAGUAGACUGGUGGAGUCUGGGGGCAUUGAUGUAUGACAUGCUGACUGGAGCACCUCCAUUUACAGGUGAAAACCGAAAGAAAACCAUUGACAAGAUUCUGAAGUGCAAGUUGAAUCUUCCUCCCUACCUCACACAAGAAGCCAGAGAGCUGCUAAAGAAGCUUUUGAAACGAAAUGCUGCCCAGCGGCUUGGUGCUGGUCCUGGAGAUGCUGUUGAAGUACAGAGUCAUCCUUUCUUCAGACAUAUUAUCUGGGAAGAUCUUCUAGCUCAGAAGGUUGAGCCUCCCUUCAAGCCAAGUCUGUCAUCUGAAGAAGAUGUGAGCCAGUUUGAUUCAAAGUUUACACAACAAGCUCCUAUUGACAGCCCAGAUGACUCAACACUAAGUGAAAGUGCCAACCAAGUGUUUUUGGGAUUUACUUAUGUAGCUCCAUCGGUCCUUGAGAGUGUAAAAGAAAAGUUCUCAUUUGAGCCAAAAAUCAGAUCCCCUCGCAGAUUCAUUGGUAGCCCAAGAACACCUGUCAGCCCCAUCAAGUACAUGCCUGGAGAUAGCUGGUUAAGAAGUACUGGAGUUGGCGCAGCAGGUGUUCAGUCAUCUACAGACUAUACAAUGGAAGUAGGUGAACAAAUGGACGUAACAAUGUGUGGCGAGGCUUCUGCACCACUCCCUAUCAGGCAGCCUGCAGGCAUGAACUCUCUCCCUUUCAAAAAGCAGGUGUUUCCCUUGAUGUCAAAACGACCAGAUCAUUUACGUAUGAACCUAUGAUAUUCAGAAAUGCAUGUACAAAACUCUACAUGCUUGUCUGUGAUAUUCUGUCAGCAACAGGUGGAGAGAAAACACUAGCAACAGAAAGAAAAGUGACUAGUUGCAGGCCCUUAUGAAGAAUGUGCUAAGAAACCAUUAAGCUUAGAUGAAUGAUUUAUUUCUGAAAAUGAAAUUCUUUUGUCUCUAAAAGGGACACUUCAGAAGAAUAAUGGGCCAAGGUGAUAAACCUGGAGCUCCUUCUGUGCCAACUCCGCAGUCCUUACUUUGGCAGCCUGGUGUUUACCACUUAUUUAAUCCCACUUACAUGGCUAAAUUUAACAGUAUUACUAUGGGCUGUAAUUAGCCCUUAAGCAUCCCUAAGUAUCCAGACUGCUAGUUGGCAUUGCCUGCACAUUGGAAAUAUGACUGAAACCAGAAGAUUUGAAAGACAGCUGGUACUCUCUCAUUAACUGUCACAUGUCCUGGGACAUAACAAAAGAGGUGGACAGUAUCUUCACAUUUCUGUGACCAGUGGUAGCAACUGGAACAUUUAACUGAGCCUUUUAUUUUCUACUUUAAUGAUGAUAUUGCAAUGAAAAAUGUGUCUUAUAGUAUGGAAGUAAUGACCUGAAGACGUCUGUGUAUUCAAUAAUUGAGUAGACUUGACUUUCCAAACCUUUUAUAUCAGGAUUGAUUUUUCCCAGUUAAAUGAAGGUUUGGUUUAGCAGUCCAUUUACUAAAAAGGGCUCUUAAAUGUGUGAUUGAGUUGAAUAAUUUUGCGCUGUUGUGGCAGGUGUGAAAACUGAAUUAACAAGUAUGUGUCUGAUCUCAGAUUGAUCUGGUAUAAUACAUAAAAAGUAACAAAUUUACUUCCUCAUCUGAAAAUGUACACUAAAAGCAUCAUGGAACUGAAAUCUGAAAAAAUAGUGGGAAUUUCAUUGGAUUAUGCUGAAUCUUUUGGCAGAGAGCCCACAUUGCAGGUUCAGGAAAGUCAACAGACCUACUUGGGCAGCAUUUUUUUUUUUACCUUUAGGUAGAGAAUAGGCCUUGUUAAGUCUGUACUAAAACAAAGUAAAUGGUAAGAUUUACGACUACUGUGAACAGUGCUUUAAAUUUUGAAGAGCCUUCAUUGCUGCCACAUGAAGGCAGUAAUCUUCCUAUGCAAGUAUAGAAGCAGCAUAUAAAUCCUGUUUCUCGUGUAUGUGUGUGUGUAUAUAUGUGUGUGUGUGUGUGUGUGUGUGUGUGUGUGUGUGUGU